GACUUCAGUCUUUGACGCGCAACUGUUGGACCAGGACGCACACGAGUGGCAUCAAUCCACUUUGAAUUUUCAUUCCCGAGUGUUAUCGAUGUUUUAGUCAAUGUUAAUUAUACCCAUUACAUCGUGUUGAAGAUUUAUUUAUUCAGGCUGUUCGUAAUCAGAGAAGAAUAUUGAGGAAAAUGUGGAGGAGGAUGAGGUCUUGUCUGCUGGCGAUAUUCUUCUUUUCCUGGGUGACGGGGUCAUCGCAGAACACAUUUGAGACAGUCCACAACAGCAAUGCCGCAAUAUUAAAUCGUUUAGGCCUGGCACCACUGGAUAUACCCGAUGGCCAUCACAAGAAACGCCUGGCGGGUCCAGAACCCCCAGAAUUAUCGGCCCUCCAGACACGCCUGCAUCAGCCUUACAGCCGGCGUCAUGGUAAUCGUGACAGUCACGUUUAUGUCGUCAAGUUACCAGCAAGCCCACCUUACUACACCAUAACGACACCCCACAAGUCACCGGUUAAAGAUGAUAAACUAGGGAAUAAGAUGCCGAUGAAUAAGAAUUCCGUCAGCUCAAGUGUGAUACAUCAAUCACCGCCCGUUGGUUUUCACAGCAAUGGCAAACCAGCCAAGAUAUAUCACUGGAAUCUUCCAGUCAUGAAGAAAAUCAGUGAGAAGAAGCGGCUCCAUGCGCAAUUCCGAAUGGAUCAGUUGAGAAAAAAAUUUGAGGCUGAAAGAACAGCAGCUGAAACCAUUAAACAGAAUCAUAACUCUCUGAAUGUCCCCAUGAAGCUUCUGAAGAAGGAUGACACCAAGAGAUUCCUGGCCAACAGUCUGACAAAUCCCAACGAUCAAUCGGCGAUCAAGCACACGAGAAAUAAUGACAAAAUACUGAACUAUCCCGAUGACACGAGGCGUGUCAAUGGUAUCUUUGACAAUGCCAAGGCCAAUGGUACACACAAGAUGUUCAGACUCGAGGACUCAAUGAUGUAUCAUGUUGCUCAUAAGUCGAAUGAUCGUCUUGCCACCUGGUCCAUGUCCAAUGACUUUCAUGGAAUGAAGACCAGUGGUUUACAGAAACCGAAGAAACACCGGAAGAAGGCAGCCAUGUCCUACUACGCACCCAUCACAACUAAAACCGGCUCAACCAGCAUCCACAAGAACUUCCCUGGGAACGGGAAACCUAAGGCCUUCUACGUUAUGGAGAAAAGUCGUAAACCCGUUUACUAUCAUCCCCUCCUUCCAUAAUUGAAUUGGCUUGUUGGGAGUCAAUCGAUUAAUCCAGAGAGGGAGGAAGCCAAGGGGAAAAUUCAAUUUUUGACUGAUGAUAUUAAUUAUGCUAUGGCGAUAAAAGACCAGUACGACUAACAAUUUUUCGAGUUUUCUUUUAAUAUUGACUGAGAGAGAAAGAGACUUGGAAACUUCUUCAUCGAUGUACUUCAGGUCAUGUCAAUUUUCACAUCUGACUCAUGUAAUUUUUCUGCAUCAUUUUUUUAUUUCAAUUCCAAAUCGUUGGAAUUUAUUGUCGAAUUGAGUACAAUAAUAGGCAUUGUAUAGUUGAUACCUCCACUGUUGACACUCAUUUUUAUACUCCAAUGUUUUUCACAUUCAACGAUUUGUAGAUGAUAGAUGAGGAGUGGAAUUUUUAUACAAUUUAUUGAUAGUAAUUUUUUGACGGAGCUCGACUCCACAUUUUCACGAGUAUUUUGUAAAAUUAUUCAUGAUUUUAUUGAUACUUAUUUGUAAUUGUAAGGAACAUUCCAAACAUUUUGUACUCGUAUACAUAAAUGUAAUGUAUAAGUAUUAGGUGUAAGUUGACGAAGAAUGAAAAUAAUGUAGCCAAUAAAGUAUUUAUAAUUCUUUGUA